AUGUGGUGGGCAGAGCAAGCGAUCAUGUUCCGCGUGAAGACGUUACAUGAGGAAGUCGAUUUGGUCGUGCACCCGAAUGUCGGUGCGACUGAGGUAGCCGUGUCGUGGAAGUACUCGUCCGAAUGUAUAGCACGCACGCAGGACCUCACAGUCUACGAUCGCGAGCUCACCCCGAUCAUCCAAGCUAUCGAAACAACUGAACAUGCAACCACGGUGCCCAACCUGCCAACAUGUGUGCCUCUGGUUGUUGGCGUGCGUGGGCAGAAUGAAAAUGGCGACGGUGUGGAGGCGACGCGGGAGUUUACCAUUCCAGGA